AGACUCUAGAACUGGUGCUGCUGGGCUGAGGCGGAGGCAGGGGAAUUGCAACGCGCGCCGCUCACUCGGCGAGUGUGUCUCCUGCGCGCCGAGAGGCGGGGGAGGCGGAGGGCUGGGAGGAGGAGGAGGGGGAGAAUGCCCGGAGCCGCCGCUGCUGCCGCCGCCGCGAUGCUCCCGGCUCAGGAGGCUGCCAAGCUGUACCACACCAACUAUGUGCGGAACUCGCGGGCCAUCGGCGUGCUGUGGGCCAUCUUCACCAUCUGCUUUGCCAUCGUCAAUGUGGUGUGCUUCAUCCAGCCCUACUGGAUCGGCGACGGCGUGGACACCCCGCAAGCCGGCUAUUUCGGGCUCUUCCACUACUGCAUCGGCAACGGCUUCUCCAGGGAGCUGACCUGCAGGGGUAGCUUCACGGACUUCUCCACGCUGCCCUCGGGCGCCUUCAAAGCCGCCUCCUUCUUCAUCGGCCUCUCCAUGAUGCUCAUCAUCGCCUGCAUCGUUUGCUUUACCCUCUUCUUCUUCUGCAACACAGCCACCGUGUACAAGAUCUGUGCUUGGAUGCAGCUCACCUCCGCUGCCUGCCUUGUCCUUGGCUGUAUGAUCUUCCCUGAUGGCUGGGAUUCAGACGAAGUAAAACGGAUGUGCGGAGAGAAGACAGACAAGUACACUCUUGGGGCCUGCUCGGUCCGCUGGGCGUACAUCCUGGCUAUCAUCGGAAUCUUAGACGCCCUGAUCCUCUCGUUUCUAGCGUUUGUGCUUGGGAACCGACAAGACAGCUUGAUGGCAGAGGAACUGAAAGCAGAAAACAAAGAUGAUGGAAAUGCUUAAAGCAAACUAAGGUAGUAUGAGACCUCACCAUUUCUGUUAAGCCAAUAUUCUCUAGAAUGAGCACAAAACAAGUCCAAUAACAGCUAAACAAACAGCUUUGUACAUCAGCACGGGAGAGAUCAGAGUCCAGAGACGAAUACACACAAAGGUGAAACAUCUACGCUUCCAGGCUCCUUCUGAUUCUAGAACUGCAGAGACUCGGGAUUGUUCUGGGAGGAGCUAUGAUUGCGGAUUAAACACCAGCUCAUUGGAAACUGUCACUAGAUAAGAUCAGAUAACAUUCGUGAAAAUCAUAUUCAGGAAAUAGUUUAAGAAAGAAUACAAAUGUGCUAGAAUUAACAUGUAAAAAUACCUAUGUAUCGAAGUUUAUAAGCGGUCCUUUUUAAAUCAAACUGAAAACAAAACAACAACAACAACAAAAAAAGCUUUAAUCUUUCAAUGCUGUUAAAUGAAAUAAAAGGGCAGUUAGUUCUAGACUAUCCCCGUCCCAGUAGCCAAGAGGUCCAUGGAGUGUCACGUCUUGAGGAAUGCCUCUGAUCCUUGGUCCCUCAUUGCUACUGUCCACUCAUGUCACUGUGCAAUUAGUUACAACCACAUGGUUAUUAAGAGACUUAGCCCUUUAAACUUCUUACCCAGUGUGUGUUCAGUUUAAUCUGUUUGUACGACUUAUCGCGAAGGAAAUGUUUCUGCCAUGUGCUAUGACUCCAUCAAACUGUGAAUCACAGGAAGUACAUCCAGACAUCGUAGGUUCCCAAGCAACAUAGAUUUCCCUGUCAUUGACAAAACAGCAUCAAGGAGCUCUGAACAAUAUAGAAAGUUUAUUUUCACUUGGAUGCUUUCUCAUGUAAUAUAUAGGCUGCUAUCAAAUAAACACUUUUUCUAACUCUCCCUAGUAUAUGUAUAGGAAUUUAAUAUACUUUAUAAAUAGAUAUCUAAAAUAUGAGUUUUCUAUUUCUUCAUUCUAUAUGUUACUAGAAAUCCACAUUCUUUAUUUCCUUUACUGACAUAUACUCAUUUUUUGUUAUGUUAAAAGAAACUAUUCCAUUAAAUCUACUUCUAAAUGAUAGUAAGUGGUACUAACAAAAUAAGUAAAAACUUAAUAGCCUUAGAAGUAAAUAACUAUAUACUACUUAUAUGUCAAAGGAACUUGAUAGGAAUAAGUUACCUUUUGUUUAUUAAUGUUGAUUUUGGAAUUUCUCAUAUUUUUUCCCUUUUGUUUAGCUGGUACUUGAAAGUAGUUACAACUAACUAGCUGUCUUCAAGAAUCUUUUCCUCCCAGGGUUCCCCCAGCCAUUGCCCUUAUAACAUGUCCUGCCUCAGUCCAACAACAGAGAAUACUUGAUAUUAAAGUUGUUCUCCAUUGUCUGAGUAUAAACGCAAGUUGAAGUAUAAAGGGGCUCAAUGCAAGCCAGCCCAUGUUCUAUACUUGAGCAG